AGGUGAAAGUGCAGGGGGACCGGCGUUUGUCGUUCUCUCACCGGUUUGUUCAUUUGUUCUUGACGGUGCGGAGAAAUGGCCAUGAAGAAUAGUAGUGUAGUCGUGAGGCGAUCCAGUGUGAAUAAUGCUGCCCAAGAAAAAACGGCGAAUAGCGAAACUGCUAAAGGGACAACUUCAUUGGAAGGAGGAUCAGCCCGGAUGUCUAUCUUAAUUCUUCUUUCUACCUUCCUCUCAGCUGCUUUUGUAAUGUACCUAGUGUACAGGAAUUUCCCAGAGCUUGAUGAGGAGGAGCGAAAGACGAUAGUGAUUCCGAAAGACAUGGAUGAUGCCAAGGCAUUGGGAAAGGUUCUUUCUAAAUACAAGGAUACUUACUACGUACAAGUAUUAGUGGCAUACUUUACCACAUAUAUUUUUUUACAGACAUUUGCCAUACCAGGUUCCAUAUUUCUAAGCAUCCUCUCAGGAUUUCUGUACCCAUUUCCUUUAGCCCUGUUCCUUGUCUGUCUGUGUUCUGGGCUUGGAGCUUCCUUCUGCUAUAUGCUUUCUUAUUUGGUUGGACGGCCAAUUGUUUAUAAAUAUUUGACAGAUAGGGCAACAAAAUGGUCGCAGCAGGUUGACAAGCAUAGGGAGCAUCUUAUAAAUUACAUCAUUUUCUUGAGAAUAACUCCUUUCCUGCCAAACUGGUUCAUUAACAUUACCAGUCCUGUAAUAAAUGUACCUCUUGGUGUAUUUUUCAUUGGCACAUUUUUAGGUGUAGCGCCUCCAUCAUUUGUGGCUAUUAAAGCUGGCACAACACUCUACCAACUUACUACCGCAGGGGAGGCUGUUUCCUGGAAUUCAGUGUUUGUUCUCAUGAUCUUGGCAAUAAUCUCCCUACUUCCAGUGUUUUUUCAAAAGAAGUUGAAGCAGAAGUUCUCGUAACUGGUGCACGAUCCUGCAUUUUAUCUCAAAAUUUGCCUUUGUUACCUUCAGUACAUGGGACAUGGUGAGUGCCCACAAAGUGGGAUUGUAGUAAAGGCUACAUUUCUGAGAUAAAUAAAUCCCUUUUAAUUUUGUUUUCUAACAAUGUACACUUCAAUGAUACGUCUUAUCUCUAUUCUUUGGUCGUAAUAUUUUCAGUUUCCCUUUUAGUUCAUACAUGUUAGCAUCAUCUAAAUCACAUAAACUGGACUACAUGAUUUCCCUGCUUUUGCGUUUAUUCAUUACAUUGGAAUUUGUUGCAGAAUGUAACUGAAUUGCAGCAAAGCAUUUCUCAUUCUGGACAUACUAAGUUUAGCUCCCUUCCACUGCCUUUCUUAGUUUAAAACACAAACUGUUUCUCAUGCUGUGAAUACACAUAGUGGAAAUAUUUGUGCAAAGUACUUUCAGAAUUAAAAAUAAUAUCUGCAAUUUUAUGCCUGUAACAGUAUUAGGAGCAUCAACCCUGCAACACAUACACAUUCUUAGCCUGUAAUUUUUUGCUUCACACAUUUUUGACUCUUUAAUAUUUGAACUUUCUAGUACAAAUAUUUAUUUGAUUGGAUGGAGACUGGAUUAUUUUAUUAUUUCUGUAUUCACACUCAGUGUGUUACUUAUUCAGUUUCAAGUGGUAUAAUAUGGCUAUUUGUUCUAAUUUUAAUAACGAUGUAUCUGUAAAGAUCUUUCAAAAUAAGAAACAAUGUGUAACUGCAUUGUAUAAAAUUGUACUUGUUCAUUUGAAAUGAUUGAUCUUAUCAGUUCUGUACUGCUCUGGUAAUAAAAUGCCCUCUAGAUGGCAUGGUGAGUCAAAGCACCUUGUUUUAUCCAACAAGGUAAGCUCUGUGUUGAAUUGCCAGUCUCAGCUUACUACUUGGAGAUAGGAGAGGAAUGAAAUCAAAGAAAGUUAAGGAAGGCCACUCUUAUUUUGAGAGGCCUGUGGUGGAAGAGUGAAGAUUUCCUCCUAAGUUGAAUAUUGGAAGUAUGACUCAGGAAUUUCCAGGAGUAAAGAGUAAAUGCUUCAAGCUAGAAUGCAGAAGAUUAAAAACUGUUGUUUGAGAGUUUACAGUGCAAUUCUACCAUCUUUCAUAUCUUGAACAAUGGAUCUGAAUUAUGAUAAAUUAACAUUAUUGCUGAAUAUAUUUUUAAAAACUGCUGAAUAUUUUAUGAAAGCAAUUUUCAAAUCUUUAUUAAUGUGUAAUUCUUACAUGACAUCAAUAAUCAAACUGGGGAGUCACUACUUCAUUGUUUUUAUAACUGUAAAUACUGAAAUCAGAAUGCUUUAGCAUCUGGUGGAAAGGUAAUUACUUCUCACUAAAAGUCUUCACCCAAAACUUCAGCUAGUUUGUUCAUUUAUUAUUGCUGAUAAGCUUAUUGUCUGGCAUCAGCGCACUCAUUUAGAUCACUACCUGUAAAAAAAACUUGAGUACAGAUCUCAUGAUCAGAUAUGUUGUAAAAGUUUUAAAUCUCUUAAGAUAUUACUAGUUGUUGAUUCCAAGGUGGUCAGAAUUGUGAAUUAAGGACAAAAUUUCAAAGUAGUCUUCCUUCACUGCAUCCGUUCAAAUAUUUAGUCAGAGAGAGAAAAAUGAAGAUUUUAACAACCAAAAAUUAGUGGCUUUAUUGUAGCCUUGGUCUGAAUGAUUGAAUCGUCCUUGUUGCUAUUGAUGUCACAAAGAGUAGUAGGCGAACAUCAUGCUGUAUCAUUACAUAAGCUGUUGAAGAAAUGCAGAGUGGGUAAAAGGUAAAGAACACAAGGCAUCUGAAUAGGGGUAAACCGUUUGACAACUAAACAUGUUGCACCAUUUAAAACAAUCAUGGCUUUUCUGAUCAUAGCCUAAACUUGCCUGCCUAUGCCUUGACCCCUGUGCUGAUCAAAAAUCUAUCUAUGUGGGCCUUAAAUAAAUUCUUUGUUGUUGGAGUCCUGUGUUGAAGACUUAAAGACCCCAUACCAACAGUAAGCAGAACUGAUGUCUUCUACAGAAUCCUAUGCAGCGAGUGCAAUAGACACUGCAUAGGAUAAAUGAGGAGGAAACUGAUGACCAGGAUACACAAACACAAUCUUGGCAGUAAAAUGACAUGACCAAUAUUCACUAGUCUCAAUAUACAUAGACACUGAAGGCUAUCAGUUCAACUGGGACAAGUGAACAACAGACGUGCAAGGGAAUUUCUGGAAGCCUGAUUCUCAAUACAGGGCUCCAAUAACAAACAUAGAAAUAAGCCCUGUUUACAGACCGCUGCUAACAGUCAGAACUGGGAGUGACAAGACCCACCACGCCAGAGGACCAUAUAAAUUCAGAAUGGAGUGGAACACCAGCACUGUGAUUAGAGGUCACACUGAUGUUGUCUAGAAUGGUAAUGUCUGCCCACGACGGAACAGCCAGCUCAGUGAACAAACGAACAACCACACUUGCUGUACCUGUAUGCAAGUACUUGAUAUGGUGCAAUAUCUCAUAAUAUAGCAUGCACGUUUCUACAGUUGCCUAAUAUUGUGUCAGUUUGCUCCUGAAUUCUGAUAUUAUGGUCAUAGUGCCUUGAUGCAGUUAAGUUUCUGGUGUGGAUCUGAACAUUUAUUUCCAUUCACUUACCCUAAUAAUCUAGAUUGCUGGUUUCACAAGAGUGAGUUUGAUUUUUAAAUUUCUGUCAAUGCUAGCCUUGAGCUGCUUUUGUAUUGUAGUAAAACUCAUCUCAAUGAUCAUAAUUCUCACUUCACUGGUGUAUGCCAUAUAAAAGCACCUCAUAGUAAACUGUUGAUAUAUAUACAUUCAUAUAUACAUGAAUGGUGCAGGAAGGACUGUUUGUAUAGCUUUCCAAAUUCUCUCUCCCUAUGGCAAGCUGGAAAGUGCAAAAGGGAAUUCUGAUGAUUUUCUACGGCUGCCUUUCUUAAUCAUCCACUGCCUUAUUAUACAGUCAAAACCCCAUAAAAAUACCCGAGACUUUUAAAAAAUAAAUCAUUGAUCAAGAAAUAUUUUGACUAGGAUAACAUGUCUUAUGCCUAGUGGUAUGAACAAACAGUGAAUUGAACCAUAUACCAUCAUCAUCUAUUUAUCUCUGAAUAAUGCAAAGAUUUUUAUGAGAACCACUGAAAGGAUCAAACUUCUAAAACACUAAUCAGGCGUUUAUCUUCCAGCUGUCUAUGGAAUUCCUGCUUAACAAUUGUAAUGAACUUGGUUAGUUAAUUUUAACAAAAGCAACAUUUCCCUCAUCUUGGGUGCUGCUCAUCUAAUUUCCAUUUGUGAAAAAGUAGCAUGUCGUAAAUGUUUAUGUAGAAAAAUAAUAACUGUCCAUCUCAUAAGGUACCACUUGAAUUAUGUAUCUGAUGUACUGUAACAAACAUUUAUUUGCAGGUAAACUUUAAUGAAUUAUGAAUAAGCACCUUGUUUCUGUGCCAGGCAUUAUACCUAAGUUUUAUUCUCAAUGAUUACCUGCUAACAGUAAUAGCUGUGAUGACCUCUAACAAUUGCAAGUCAUGUUGAAGUUUUGCUGUUAAAGCAAAGAGAUUAUGUCAUUUUAAAUGCUAACAAUUCAGAAAACAUGCACUUUAAGAACUUGCAAAUGGCCACUUCCCACUCAACAAAAUUUUUAACUUGUAUCCUCAAAAUUUAUAACUUUUAAGGACAUUUAAAGCAAAAUACACAUGAAAUGUUUGUGGAAGUGAAUUCUGAAAUUUCUCCACCGCUGUCUUGAAAUGUGCACUUUUUAAGGGAGUGUGCUUCAUUGAGUAGUCAAAUAAAUAUCUGUCAGAUUAAACUUGGAUAAGGUGAGCCAAUUUCAAUUCUAACCUGGCUUGAUGGAAAUUAGGCAUAGUCAGUUAAAUUUAGAGUAGUGACCUCUUAAUUUUGGUCCUCCCACCAUGUCUAAUAUUAACCUGCAGUUUUUAGCAUUGAAUGGGAUAUCCAAAGGCAGAAUCUUUGUGCCGUAAUUACAUCACACUUAACCUAAAAUUUUGUUUGAAGACCUUAGAACAGGGUAUUACAGUGACAGCUUUCCCCCUGCUAUGAAGUAAUUUUUAAAAAAUGUACAUUUUUCUGUGGACUAGCAUUCUCGGUUUGUGAGGAAGCCCUGGGCUUUAGCUUGUCCUGAGUGACAUACCUCCGUUGUUUGUCUCACCACUUACCUGGACCCCCAAGUAAAGCUUUCUGCCAUUAAAUCUGACUCCUUUCUGCCAACUAAGGAGUGAAUUCAAUCAUGUUUGGAUAUGUUUCCAAAAAAGGUUAAUGUAAAUUGUAUCCAUCCAUUAAGAGCAGCUAAGCCUCCAGUCCUUAAGAUUUCACUGGUAUUGUGCUCUGUACUAUCCCUCAUUUUAGAAUUGUGGUCAAAGUUUCAGGAUAAAUCUUUGCUUAGUGACUAAUUCUAUCCUAAUUUGAUAUUGAGACACAUCUAACCAAACAAUUCUUUGCAACUGGAUAGCAAUUGAGAAUCAGACUCCAUUUUCUAUAUCUUCCAACAGUACUGAGUUCCAGUGCACUCCAGCUUGAAGUCAGCCAACAAAGGGGAUUCUUCAGUCUUUAUCUAUCUGUUUUGGCUUAGAACUGUGUUGCAAAGGUGCAGGUGUCAGCAGAAAUAAAAUUUGAACCAAAUUAAAAUGUUUAAUGUGUCAGUUUUUAAAAAUAUAUUUGACCUUUGACUAUGAAUGCCGCUGACUAAGCCAGUAUUUAAGAGACUACAACAUUGAUAUCUGGAGUCAUAUAUAAGCAAGACCAGGUUAAAGAAGCAGGUUUCCUUCCCUAAAAGGAAUUUGUGAACUGUGGGAUUUUUCAACAAUUGACAAUGGUAAGGCUAGCUCUUUGAAUUUGAUUCAAGAGUCUAGAAUUUUAAAAAAAGUCAUCAUCUGCUACUGUGGGAUUCAAACUGAUGUCGCCAGAACAUUAACCUGGAGGUGAUCUGGGCUAGUCCAGUGGCAUUACUACGAAGGCACUACCUCUCUAUGAUACUGUUCAGCAAUACCAAAUGCAGGGACUGGUCUACUAUGAUCGCAAUGGAUACUGGGAGUAUUUUGAUAAUACAACCAAAUGAUCCAUUGGGAGGAUAUUUUUCAAGAAAGAUUGUUGAUUGACCUAUUUCCACUUGACAUCCAAAUGUGUAAACACAAACGAUUAUCACUAGACA